CCUGCACAGUUGCUGGGCUCCUCCGACCAAAGUGCACAGCCCUCCCCUUCCAGAGUGUUCUGGUCGGCCACCUUCUGGAAGCAUGGCUUUCCCUGCAGGAUUUGGAUGGGGGGCAGCCACAGCAGCCUACCAAGUGGAAGGAGGCUGGGAUGCAGAUGGAAAAGGCCCUAAUGUCUGGGACACAUUCACCCAUCAGGGAGGAGAGAGAGUUUUCAAGAACCAGACUGGUGAUGUAGCUUGUGGCAGCUACACUCUGUGGGAGGAAGAUUUGAAAUGUAUCAAACAGCUUGGAUUGACUCAUUACCGCUUCUCUCUUUCCUGGUCACGUCUGUUACCUGAUGGGACGACAGGUUUCAUCAACCAGAAAGGAAUUGACUAUUACAACAAGAUCAUUGAUGAUUUGUUAGCAAAUGGGGUUACGCCCAUAGUGACCCUCUUCCACUUUGAUUUGCCUCAGGCCUUAGAAGACCAAGGAGGUUGGCUGACAGAAGCAAUCAUAGAAUCCUUUGACAAAUAUGUUCAAUUUUGCUUCAGUACAUUUGGAGAUAGAGUCAAGCAAUGGAUCACCAUGAAUGAGCCUAAUAUGCUUGCCCUGCUGGCAUAUGAUUUGGGUGCAUUUCCUCCUGGUGUACCUCACCUUGGAACUGGAGGUUAUCGGGCGGCUCAUAAUUUGAUUAAAGCACAUGCCAGAUCCUGGCAUAGCUAUGAUUCCUUAUUCCGAAAAGAGCAGAAGGGUAUGGUGUCCCUAGCAAUUUUUGCUGCCUGGGUGGAGCCAGCAGAUCCCAACUCAGUGUUUGACCAGGAAGCAGUUAAAAGAGCCAUAGCUUUCCACUUGGAUUUCUUUGCUAAACCCAUAUUUAUUGAUGGUGAUUAUCCUGAAGUUGUCAAGUCCCAGGUUGCCUUCAUGAGUAAAAAGCAAGGCUAUGCAUCAUCAAGGCUUCCAGAAUUUACAGAAGAAGAGAAGAGAAUGAUCAAAGGCACGGCUGACUUCUUUGCUGUGCAAUAUUAUACAACCCGCUUAGUCAAGCACCAGGAGAACAAGGAAAGAGAAUUGGGUUUUCUCCAGGAUGUAGAGAUUAAACUUCUGUCAGAUCCAUCUUGGGUAAAUUUGGACUGGAUUUAUGUGGUGCCAUGGGGAAUACGUAAACUACUGAAAUACAUUAAGGAUACGUAUAAUAACCCUGUAAUUUACAUCACUGAGAAUGGGUUUCCCCAGGGUGACCCUGCACCUCUUGAUGAUACUCUGCGCUGGGAGUGUUUCAGACAGACAUUUCAGGAACUGUUCAAAGCUAUCCAACUUGACGAAGUCAAUCUUAAAGUAUAUUGUUUAUGGUCUCUUCUGGAUAACUUUGAGUGGAACCAGGGAUACAGUAGCCGGUUUGGUCUCUUCCAUGUUGAUUUUGAAGAUCCAGCUAGACCCCGAGUCCCUUACACAUCAGCAAAGGAGUAUGCCAAGAUCAUCCAAAAUAAUGGCCUGGAGAGACAUGUAUAGAAGAGAUGGCUGUGGAGUCUCACCUCAACAGGAGACCUUUGCUUUUGGAAAGGAAGUCUGCUUUGGUGGUCCGUCAGACAACCUCAAGUUGCCUUUGUAAUCAGCCCCUACCAGCUGAUCCAUGAUUAUGAAGUCUGAAUAUGUAAUGCCUGGGGAUGUAGUUAAUGAUGGCCUUUACUGUAUUUGCAUUUGAUCAAUGAGGCUUUAAAAAACCAGAACAGAAAACCACUGAAACUGAUUUUUAUAUUAAGAAAUCAGAUAGACUUGGAAACUUCAAUUUAAAUCCCUAGAAUUUUUCUAGAAACAAUAAUGCAAAAUUUAUGGAUUGUAUGUUCAUGAAUUACAACCCUAACAGCAGACUACUUAUUAUAAUAAUACUUGUUUAUGAGCCUGUUUUCUUCUGGUUACAUAAGCUAUUGUUUGCUGAAUAGAUCCAUGUUCAUGUCAUCCAUGAAAUUUUUACUAUUUAAUCUAGUAUAAAAAAAUGAAAACGAAAAUUAGUCACAUUA